AUGUUAAAUUCAAAUUGUUCCGUGGUUCAACCGCACAAUUUAAACAUACCACAACCAUUUCAAUAUUAUUUAUGCUUUGAUGUUGAAGCUACAUGUGAACAAGGUGGUGGUUUUGAUUACAAGAAUGAAAUCAUAGAAUUUCCCGCUUUAUUAAUCGAAAGCGAAACAUUCAACGUAGUUGAUGUAUUUCAUUCUUAUGUCAAGCCAAGUUAUAAUCCAGUAUUAUCAAAGUUCUGUAUAGACUUGACCGGAAUACCACAAUCAACUAUAGAUAUUAGCCCGUCAUUUCCUGAAAUGCUGUGCAGAUUUCAAGAUUUUUUACUCAGUCAUAAACUUUUUAAUGAUAAUAGUUGCGCCUUCUUAACUGAUGGUCCUUGGGAUAUUCGUGAUUUCAUCACAAAACAAUGCAAGAUUUCAAAAAUACCCCGACCAAAAUAUUUCUCCCUUCCAUGGGUAGAUGCCAGAACUAUGUUUGCAAAGUUUUACAAUUGUAGACCUCGUAAUAUUCCCAGUAUGUUGGCACAUUAUGGUCUGAAGUUCGAGGGACAUGAACAUUCAGGAAUUGAUGAUGCAAAAAAUUUAGCAAUCAUUGCUAAGCGUUUAUGGGAAGAUGGGGCUGUAUUUAGGACUAAUCGGAGAUUUAGAUAG